UAUUUCUAGCCAGCUGUUUCCUGUUACUUUUUUCGUUGAUUCCUCAUCAAAAUCAUUUAGAAAUUUUUAUUGAUAAAUUAACGAGUGCAUUGACGGUUAAUAUACCGCAUAAAUAAAUAAAUUUUGACACAAGAUUGGAAAAUUUAUCGGAGAGUAUGCCAGUGGCGUAUUGGCGUGUGUUGGUGCUGAUGGUUGAUGCAUUAAUGUAGCAGUCCAUGUAGCAUGUAGCCAAGUUCAAGUCUCAGUUAGUCGAGUUUCUCCACCUUUGUCGUAAUAAAGUCUCGUCCGUUACGUCCAUCCACGGAGUGAGAUUGUUAAAUUAUUCUUGGCUUGGUACAUAUAUAUAUAUUUAUUUGUACCUAUCUGUCUACUUAAAUACACUCACUUUAUAAGCACUAUCUGCACACCAACGUUUUUUUAAAUCCGUGUCAUUUAAAUAGUGUGUUGGUAUUUGAGUGCAAGUUUGUGUUAACUAUUUACUAGCUUUCUGUGUCUCGAGACACUGUUUACGUCCGACGAAUGCAGAAUUACAAAACAAAAAUUUAUAGUCAUAGUAAAAAAAAAAAAAAAGAUAAAGAUAACACCAAGAGCUUAAAUUUGCUGACGAGAGUCUGUGUGGUCCUGUCGAAGAAUUAAGUAAUCGGCCGAACAGACUGAGAUCAUGGUAGACUAUUAUAAAAUUCUUGAGUUAACACAAACGGCUACGCCUGUUGAAAUUAAAAAAUCAUACCGCAAAUUAGCUCUUAAAUGGCAUCCGGACAAGAAUCCCGACAAUCUUGACGAGUCGACGAAAAGGUUUAAAGAAAUCUCGGAGGCGUACGAAGUAUUGAUUGACGAGAAAAAAAGAAGAAUUUACGACCAAUAUGGAAAAGAAGGCCUGCAAAUUCCUGGAAACAAACGCAGACACGAGGAUGAGUAUAAUCCGGUCUUCAAUGAAUGGUUUGUCUUCAGAGAUCCUGAAGAUGUUUUCCGAGAAUUUUUCCAAGGCUCUCCGUUCGACGAUUUAUUUGAUAUGCUGAAUGGCGGCAAUGGACGUCGAGGAGGCCAAAGACACGGACAUCCAAGACAAAACAGCUUACAUUCACCUUUCGGUACUCUUGAUCUCAGUCUUUCUUCACCAUUUGGAUUUUUCGGCUCUGGAGCAGACUGUUUCUCUUCAUUUAGCAGUUUCUCCAAUGGAGCACCUAUGGGAGGCUCUAAUGUACGGAAGACAAGUACUUCUACGCGAUUUGUUAAUGGAAAAAAAAUAACAACUCACAAGGUCGUCGAAGGUGGAAAGGAGACCAUAACAUUUUAUGAGAACGACGUCGUCAAGUCUAGAACCGUCAAUGGUGUUCCUCAAUCAAUCACGUUGAAUGAAGCAUCGACGAGUCGUCAAGUGAAUGACAAAACCGUCGACACAUCAUCAACGGGAAACAAUACUGCCGUUCGCGGUAGUUCCAGUGCGAAAAUACCGCAUACCGACAACUUAAAUAGGAUAAAAAAUCAUUAUCAUCAUCCACACACAAGUAUCAAGCACGAAAAAAGUAAACGAAAGUGAUAGUAAACAUUCAAUACAGACAAAAAAUUUUAAAAAACAAACAAACAAAUUUAA